AUGGGCGCUACAGGCACGGGUAAGUCGUCAUUUGUGCGUCUCGUCACUGGUGAUGAGACUAUCAUUGUCGGACAUGGGCUUCACUCCUCCACAGCAAAGAUCCAGGAGUAUCGGGUGCAACACGAAGACACCAGCUUCGUACUCGUUGAUACACCUGGCUUCGACGAUACAGAUGUUCCAGAUGAAAUAGUCUUGCAAUCGAUCACUGAAUGGUUGACAAGCUCACAUCACGACGGCCGGAGGCCUAACGGAAUUCUUUACUUGCAUCGUAUCACCGAUGUAUGA